AACCACAAAACUUGCCGAGUGCUGGUGACACAAACCGACUCUCAUACUUUUCCUCCUCAAGCCUCCAGUCUCAACCUCUCAGAGCCGACAAUCAAACAAUGAUGAAUGAAGAUGCAGCUUCUGAUGGUGUGGUGAUGCAGUACAACAUCUAUGACCCCUACCAAUACCCAUGGAUGUCUUUCAACUUUUUCUUGCUCUUUUGGUUGGCAGGAUUGCUGAGCUACAGCUUGCAUCUACGCUUGUCGCCCAAGUUCCGCCAGGAUUUGGAUGAAUCCAAACGGCGAAAUGUCGUGAUCUACAUUCUACAAGGACUGGCCACCACCGUUGCCCUGGGAUUUCAACUCUACGGAAGUGUGGAUUUGCUGUUUUGGGGCAAAGAUACCACAACUCCGGAUCGUAUCCAUGCCUGUCUCAUGGCUUGGAUCAUUGUGUGCAUUCUGUAUAUUUGGGAGCUCCUGUACAGAAUUGAGAUUGGGAUUCCUCUACUUCUGCAUCACAUUGUGACCAUUAUUCUGAUCCAAGUGGGUUACAGCUCCUUUUUUGAUACGGCCAAUCUCUCCUAUUUUCGUUAUGGACUCUUAUUGACAUUUCAUGCCACCACGGAACAGUUUACAUUUGUGGCACUCUACUGCUAUCGCAUGGGUCUGAUGUCACACCUACACAAGGCAUUCUUUCUCUUGGCUGCAGUGCAAGCGGCGUUCUUCAAAGCACUGGUCACAGUGGCCUUGGUCGUCUACUUUGCCCUGGGGAUUAUGCAAGGGGUAUUUCAUGGAAGUUGGGGUAUGUUCUGGAAAGUCUGUUUCCCUCCAUUGCUCCUUGUUCUCUACAUUGUACAGUUGUAUUCAGCAUACACACUUGCCAUUAUUGGUCGACGAUGUGGCAAACCGAGGAAAGAACAGGAGCCGGAGGAAGACAAGCCAAGUCUGCCGCUGGAAGAUGAUGUAGAGAGUCAACAAUCCCAAGAACAGGUCGGGGGUGAUGAUGGCCAUGACAAUCCUGGUCAGGAAUCAAAUGAUGAACACGCUUAGCCACUUAUUAGUAUCUAGUCCGAACACUCCCUAGCCAGCGCACUACCAGCAGUCCAGCAGUCAGCCCCCCCCCCCCCCACGCUCUAGCUUACAAGAUGAGUCCGGUCUGAGAACGACCUACUAGUAACUGGAUCCCAAGCCCUUCUAGCUAGAGUCUCUUAUUGUGGUCCUACAGUGUAACGG